AGAGAGAGAGAGAGAGAGAGAGAGUGUUUCAGAGAGAGAAGAUAGAAAGAGUGUGUUUAUUGUGAAAGCAAGCGUUCGAGAGAAGUAAUGGAAGUUUUUUGUGCGAUUGUGGAGAUAAGCCAUCUGUGGCUUCUUUCGCCGUAAUCUCUAGUGAGAGAGAGAGGGGCAUUGUGAUGAGCAAAUGUAGAGGUUGUUGGGAAGGAAUUACUUUGUUUGUGGACGUGAUGGGAUUCUUGUGAGUGUGGGUUCAGAAAUUGGGUGUUUUAGGAAUUUUUUGUUUGUUUGUUUUAUAGGAAGCAAAGCUGAAGAAUUUGAUCUAGGGUUUAAGAUCAUUUAGAUUUUGUUAAGAGAAAUGAAUCAUACUAGGGAUAAGACGGCGUCAUCUUUAGCCAUUACAGAGAAGAAGCCUCAUAGGCCAGGUGGUUGUGUUGGUAUCUUGUUUCAGCUCUUCGAUUGGAACCGGAGAUUUGCAAAGAAGAAGCUCUUCUCUAAGAAACUGCUUCCACCAGUUCGUGCAAAACAAUCUUCAAAGAGGUUUGGAGGAGAUGAGAAGCUGCCCAAGCUUCGUUUGAUUGCUGAUGAGAACAGUGGGGGUUUUCCAAACGUGAUGAGAAAUGGGGCUCGUAAUUCUGAACAAAAGCAUGAAAUGCGAGCUCCUGGUCUUGUUGCCAGGCUUAUGGGUUUGGAAUCUAUGCCACCUGGGAAACAGGGUAACUCAAAGAAGACUUCAUUUUCUGGAGUUGGGGGUGAUAAAGGAGAGAAUUUUGUGAGUUAUAAUUGUGGGUUCGAUAGGGAAGAGUUGCAUCUGGAGAAGGAAGGGGCAAAAAAUGAGUCAAGGCCCCCGAAGCUUCAAAAGACUGGGUUAUCUGAUAGGAGGGCAGUGACUAGGUUUGGAGCUGAGGCAUUGCAGUUAAAGAAUGUUUUGUCGCGAUCAAGAAAGCAUCAUCCGAAACUAGCUUCUCCUGUGAAGUGUCCUAGGAGUCUUUCCAGAAAUGCAUCUCGGUUGAUUGGUGCUGCUACUAAAAUUUUGGAACCUGGGUUGCAAAAUAUGAAUAGGGCCAAAGGUGCUCUUACUUAUUCAACUGCCAUGCAUCAUGCUUCCAUAGAUGACUUCAUGUUGGAGGGAAGAACAGCUCUAUCACCAGACCCAUCACACAAUUCCAACUAUUAUGUGAGUGCUGCCAAGUCUACAAAGGGGCAUUCUUCCUGCAGAAAUUGUGGCCAUUUGCUAGAUGUUGUGGACUCUAGACCAAAUGUAGAAGAACAACUACCAGUUUAUGCUUCCUAUGUUUCAAAUUGUGUCAACCCCUCUCCUCAAGGGUUAGAAAGGAAUGUGCAAAGACCACUUGUAUCAUCCCCUGAGCAAGAAAGAGAGCAAGAUAUUCAGCAAGAUCAUAAGCAUUCAGCAUCUCUUGCUGCUCAAGCAAUGGACGGUUCACGACCUCGUGGUGAACCAAUUUCAGAAAGAAAGCCUCGUAAUCAAGAUGGUCAAAUUCAGGGACAUUUGACAAGUGAGCGGUGCAAGCCUAAAAAAUGUGCACCACCUUCUGUUGGUAUUAAGCACAAUACACAAAGGCAGAAUCAGGUGUCGCCGGGUGGGGAUAAGGCUCCACCAAGGUCAAAGCUUAGUAACAUGCAAAGCAACAGAGUCUCAUCUGCUGCAAAUGCUACUAACGAUACCAAAGAUUUUGUUGCUUUGAACCGAAUUUCAAGUGGUCGCACCCGAUCAAGAAUGCCUGCCAAAGAGGAUAAUUUCAAGUUUGGCGCGGAGAGGAGAAUUGGUGGCUGGCAAAAUGAUUCCUUAUCCCCAGAGCGUAAGAGGAGGUUGGUAAAUGUGACCAGAAAAGGUGAAAUUUCUGGUUCUGUGAAUUCUACCUCAGGUAAGCAAACAAGUGUUAGUUAUGAUACAAGGCACACCAACAUUAAAAGCAGAUUGACCCAUGUGGGAGAAAGUAAUAGAACUGGUGGUAGUGGCAAUAAGGACAAUGAAGUUAUUUCCUUCACAUUUAGUUCUCCAAUGAAGCAUAAGACUGGACUCCCCACAGGAAUGGAGAAAAGAAGGGAACAAAAUGAUUUGCAUUGUAAUAGGACUCAGCAGAAAUCAAUAUUGGAUGAAAGUGAUGGAAAGACAUCCUUUCAAAAACCAUUCCCACUGAGAGGAGAUACUUUAGGUGUUCUUAUAGAGCAAAAAUUGAAGGAAUUAACUUCUCAGGAGGAGGAUGAGUUGGCAAUUGGGGGAACUCCACCAAAGAGAACCACCGCGAUGAUUCUCCAGGAACUAAUAUCUGCCUUGACUGCAGAGAGGCCAUUUCCACAGGAUGAUGUGGCUGUUGGAUCUAACCAGGAAACAAUUUCAGUCUAUCAUGGUCAGCAGACAAGCAUGAAUACUCCCUUGUCUUUCCAGGGAAAACCAAAGACAGCAAGGGCUUCAGUCGGUUAUUCUCAUGACAGUGAUCACCUUAGCCCAGGAUCUGUACUUGAUGCUUCUUUUUCAAAUGACAGUUGCUUCUCCAACAGUCGGGACGAUAGCUCAUGGCAUAGACUGCAUGCUGGAUCGAUGGAAUGGUCCGAUGCUGAACCAGAACCUGAUGCAGAUCUCUUGGAUUGUGCGACUUCUCUAAGCAUAGGGAAGAGUGACAGAGAGUUUGUGUCUGAUCUCCUGAAUGACGUUGGUGAAGUUUUGUGCGCUCUCAACCUUGUCGAUGCUGGGCUAAAAGGAAUCAAGCUCACUCAUGCCAAGGAGGUCAUCUUGAAUGUUGAAUUGAUAUUUAUAAAUGCAGCUCUAGCUGGUUCUGACAUCAACAGAGAUUUUUCGGUAACCAGUUUUCUCCUUGAUGAAUUGGAAACACUUGAGCGUGUUAUAUGGGCAAAUUUUAGUUGCAUUCUUGCUUUUGAGGAUACAAAAGAGAACAAUCAACUCAAGGCAUUCGCUUUGGAUUGUGUCAUUGAGCAUUUAGACUCAAGUUAUGUUCGACACUCUAGUUCUGGAUAUACAUCGUGGACAAGAUUGCCGUUAUCAAUGAAUGCGGAAAUGCUAAUCCUUGAGGUUGUUGAUGGAGUUAGAAGGUGGACAGAUUUGACUAGAUUGAUUCUAGAUGAGCUUGUAGAGAAAGAAAUGAGUCAUUCCUUGGGGAAAUGGACUGAUUUUGAGAUUGAAGCAUUUGAGACAGGCGCCGAAAUUGACUGGGACAUACUCCACGGUUUGGUUAAUGAAAUUGUUAUAGAUCUUUGGGAGGGGAACUACAUACAGCCUCUUUAACAUUCGAGGUUCUCAUAGCACAGCCAUUCCGCAAACUUUACCCGAUUCCCUGACUUUUUUAUCUUUGGAAAGAAGAUGGUAAUUUUUUGUACAAAUGAUGUGUUGCACAUUGGGUGGUAUUUAUUAACAUUAGCUAUUGUGGUUUUUAGAGGGCUCUGUCUCAGUUUCAGGUUGUAUUUUUGCCUAUUUACUUGAUAAGAUGGUGUGGGAAAAAUUGUUUUCUGGUACCCCUUCUGCUUUUUUCACUAAUAACAGUUCAAAGGAGUUUCCCC